AUGGCGCCCCAUUCGUCGCAAUCAUCCGCCCCUUCGCCAUCUCUCAAGCGAAAGCAAGCAAGCAUAUCCAGCUUUUUCACCCAGAAGCCUGCAUCCACUACACCCAAAGAUUCCGAAGCCGCUCCGGCCCCAGUCCCGAAAAAGCAACAAGCGUCAACAACCGGGAAGACCAGCGAGUCGAAGGAGAACACCAGCCCAGCUGGACACAAUGAUAACAAUGAAGAUGAUGAGGACAUUGUGGCUCCAGCGCCAAAACGCGCCAAGACAGUGACGGAUAUAGAGGCCGAAGAACCAAUUCGUGUUGCGACUAGCAUUCACGUUGAAGGAGCCUCCCAGACGAGCAGCCAACGUACCGACAUUUUCAAGUUCCAGAGUUCCCCUGCAAAUGCUACAGGCCCCGCAGAUGCUGAAGACCCCGAGCAAGAAACUCGGAGGAAGGAAAAGGAGAAGCUACACAAGCAGUUCGUUCAAAAGCUCGGUGGUCACGAUUGCCAAGUUGGGAUCGGGAGGAACGCUGUGAACGAUACCGCCAAUGCUGAGGCCGAAGCUGCAGAGGCCGAGGAGGAUGAUGAGCCUCCGCCUCCGCCCCCGACCAAGGGCAAGGGUGCUAAGAAAACCGCAAGCAAGCUCACACCCAUGGAGAAGCAAGUGAUUGAGAUCAAGCGUCAGCAUAUGAGCACAGUGCUAGUGAUUGAGGUUGGAUACAAGUUCCGAUUCUUCGGAGAGGAUGCGCGCAUAGCAGCCAAGGAACUAGGCAUUGUGUGCAUUCCUGGCAAGUUUAGAUUCGACGAACAUCCCUCGGAAGCACAUUUGAGUCGAUUUGCCUCCGCCAGCAUUCCAGUGCACCGGUUACAUGUACAUGUGAAGCGACUCGUCACAGCCGGCCACAAAGUCGGCGUGGUGCGCCAGAUUGAAACUGCUGCUCUGAAAGCUGCAGGAGAUAACCGCAAUGCGCCUUUUGUUCGCAAAUUGACCAAUCUCUACACCAAAGGAACCUACAUUGAUGAUACUGAGGGCCUGGAGGGCCCCUGCCCCAGCAGCCGGAGGGACUUCGCCGGCUACCGGGGCCACGGCAAUGACGAGCGGGUCAAUGUUGGAAUUGUUGCUGUACAGCCAGCCACGGGUGACGUUAUCUACGAUGAGUUUGAGGACGGCUUUAUGCGAAGCGAGAUCGAGACACGACUAUUGCAUAUCGCGCCUUGCGAGAUAUUGAUUGUCGGAGAGAUGUCUCGAGCAAGUGAAAAGCUUGUACAGCACUUGUCUGGCAGCAAAAUGAAUGUCUUUGGAGACGCCGUGCGCCUCGAGCGGGCACAGAAACAGAAAACCUCCGCAGCAGAAGCACACAGCCAUGUAUCAAGCUUCUAUGCCGGGAAGAUGAAGACAACAAGCAACACAGAAGAUGCCCAAGCAGCUCAACUGCUCCAGAAUGUUCUUGGUCUCCCCGAACAAGUCACCAUAUGUCUCUCUGCCAUGAUCGAACAUAUGACUGAGUAUGGAUUGGAACAUGUCUUUGACCUCACCAAGUACUUCCAGCCUUUCUCGGCUCGCUCGCAUAUGAUGUUGAACGGUAACACACUUGUCAGUCUGGAGAUCUACCAGAAUCAAACAGACCACUCAGCAAAGGGUAGCUUGUUUUGGACUUUGGAUCGGACACAUACUCGAUUCGGACAGCGUAUGUUGCGACAGUGGGUUGGACGACCUUUGCUAGACAAGGUGCGCCUUGAAGAGCGAACCAACGCCGUAGAAGAGCUGAUCGACCCUGCUCGAGCGGGCUUUGUGGAAAGAAUACAAGGCCUACUGGGUAAAGUCAAGAGCGAUCUGGAAAAGAAUUUGAUUCGCAUCUAUUACGGAAAGUGCACACGUCCUGAACUUCUUACUGUUCUGCAAGCCAUGCAGAUGAUUGCAAUGGAAUUUUCCGACAUUAAAUCACCGGCCCAGACUGGCUUUGAGUCAUCUCUAGUCAGCGAAUCUAUCGCCUCUCUACCAACUAUUCGAAAGGAUGUUGUCAGAUUCCUUGAUAAGAUCAACAUGCAUGCUGCCCGCACUAACGACAAGUACACAUUUUUCCGCGAGGCAGAAGAAACAGAAGAGAUAGGCGAAAACAAAUUACAGAUCGGAAGCAUUGAGCACAGCCUGUCUGAGCACCUCAAAGAGGCGGCUUCUACCAUCGGAAGAGGAAAGAUUGAGUACUCCACUGUCUCUGGUAUCGAGUAUCUGAUCGAGAUUGAGAACAACUCACCGGCAUUGAAACGCGUGCCAGCAUCGUGGAUCAAAGUCAGUGGUACAAAAAGAGUGUCGCGUUUCCACACUCCUCAAGUUAUUCAAUUUGUUCGCGAGCGCGACCAGCACAAGGAAGCACUGGCAGCGGCUUGUGACCAAGCAUUCAUGGCUCUUUUGGCCGAUAUUGCAGCACAGUAUCAAACUUUCCGAGAUUGCGUACAAUCGCUGGCAACGCUUGAUUGUCUCUUGUCUCUCGCAGAGAUAGCCCAGCAACCCGGCUAUGUCAAGCCCGUUUUCACAGAAGAAGCAGGCCUACAUAUAGAGCAAGGCCGCCAUCCCAUGGUGGAACAACUGUUAACCGACGCAUAUGUUCCCAACGACACCAAGCUUCAACACGAUGAGACACGAGCCCUCCUUGUUACAGGCCCAAACAUGGGCGGCAAGUCUAGUUAUGUUCGACAAGUGGCACUGAUUGCAAUCAUGGGCCAAAUCGGCUCCUAUGUACCCGCAGAAUCGGCUCGGCUAGGUCUUCUCGAUGCGGUCUUCACGCGCAUGGGUGCCUUUGACAACAUGCUCGCCGGCGAAUCCACAUUCAUGGUUGAGCUCUCUGAAACAGCUGAUAUCCUCAAGCAAGCGACGCCCCGGUCGUUGGUCAUUCUGGACGAACUGGGUCGCGGAACCUCAACGCAUGAUGGCGUUGCUAUCGCACAGGCAGUGCUUGACUAUAUGGUCCGAUCUAUUGGAUCCCUCACUCUCUUUAUCACUCAUUACCAGCACCUCUCUCGAAUGGUGCAUUCAUUCCCGGACAAUGCUCUCCGAAACGUCCAUAUGCGUUUCACAGAGACGGGCAACAAGGACAAAGAUGGAGAGGAGGAAAUUGCCUUCCUCUACGAGGUCACCGAAGGAGUCGCACAUCGCAGUUACGGACUGAAUGUUGCACGCUUGGCGAACUUGCCUUCGGCUGUUAUUGACGUUGCUCGGCAGAAGAGUGCUGAGCUGGAAGAAUCCAUUCGCCGGAAACGCUUGGCUGGCCUUGUUGGUGCUGUCGGACGUGUCCUUGACGAGAGUUCUGGGCAGUCACCUGGAACUGAGCUUUUUGAUAGACUUGUGGCCAGCGCUGAGCAGCUUUAA